CUAUACACAGAAACAAGGUGUAAUGGCGAGCGAAGCAUUCAGGCUAGUUUCACCCACCUUCCACAAUGGAGGCAGGAUCCCAAGGAAAUACACCGGAGAUGGUCAAGGAGCCCUCAAAGACAUAUCUCCACCGUUGGAAUGGUAUGGGGUCCCUGAAGGAACGGAGAGUCUUGCCUUAGUGGUCCAAGACAUAGAUGCACCCGACCCAAGUGGGCCCAUCGUGCCAUGGACACAUUGGGUGGUUCUGAAUAUCCCUCCUUCAAUCAAAGGACUGCCUGAAGGAUUCUCUAGGAAGGAAGAGGUGGUAGGUGGAGAGUAUGCAGGGAUCAAGGAAGGAAACAACGAUUGGAAGGUACCCGGAUGGCGUGGGCCCAAGCCACCGACGGGGGGUCAUCGCUACCAGUUCAAGCUAUACGCAUUGGAUCAGAUGAUGAACCUCGGAAACAAGGUAACUAAGGAGAAGCUCUUAGACUCAAUUGAAGGCCAUGCGCUAGGGGAUGCUGAAUUGGUGGCUAUCUACUAAUUCCAAUUGAUGAAUCUAACUUAAAAAACUUUUAUUUCUAAAGCUGUUUCAUGUAUGUUAUGAGUAUGAAAGAGGGUGGCACUAGUGGUGGAGAUGAGUGUUGUCUACUGCUGAAUGGGAUUCUCAAUGCAAUCCUUCUAAAGUUGACACUUC